GGGUCCUCUGGGGCAUCCGCCCUCUGCCCUGGUCCAGGCCUGCCCCUCCCCCCAGCGUCUGGGCUGACACUCCCCGCUCCCCGUCCCACUCCCGCCCCCAGGGGGGACAGCCAGCCUCGUCAAGGACAGGCGCUUGACAAGCUGGUCACAGGCUGCACCUUGUAUCGCGGGUAAGAAGAUAGGCAGUGAGGCGGGAACAGAAGAGGCUUUGAGAGCAGCACCCGGCACUGGUCCCCAAGGUCACAUCCCAGGAGGGGAGAGGGGCUGCUCUGCACAAACAGCCGGUGCUCGCCCACAGAAGCCAGAGCCACCCAGCCCCUCCCGGCAGCCGGGAUGCGGGCUCUGCUGCUCCGGCCACUGGCCCUGGUGCUGUCGGUGCUGGGGCCCCUGCUGGGAGCCGGGGCCCCCGGAGGAGAGGGCUCCAGCACCCCAGCCUCGCCCAGACAGCUGGUCACAGGCGCAGGGGGGCUCAUCUUCCACCAAGACUGGGACUGGCCGCCAGGCAGCCCACAAGACCCCCUGUGCCUGGUGACCCUGGACCAGAAGGGCAAUAGGGGCAGCACCCCGCUUCGGGUGGCAGGGGCCCUGAGACGCUACGAGCACGCCUUCCUCGAGGCUGUGCGGCGGGCACGCUGGGGUCCCCGCGACCUGGCCACCUUCGGGGUCUGUGCCGCCAGCGCCGGGCAGCCCGCCCUGCUCCCUCUGCGGCAGCUGCAGGCAUGGCUGGGGGAGCCCGCGGGGCGGCGGCUGGCCGUGCUGCACCUGGAGGAAGUGACCUGGGAGCCGACACUCUCACUGAAGUUCCAGGCGCCCCCACCUGGAGGAGCCGGUCCUCUAGAGCUGGCGCUGCUGGUGCUGUACCCCGGGCCUGGCCCCGAGGUCGCUGUCACCGGGACUGGGCUGCCAGGCACCCAGAACCUUUGCUGGUCCCGGGACGCGCGCUACCUGGUGCUGGCCGUGGACCACCCAGCGGGGGACUGGCAGAGCCCUGGGGUCACCCUGACCCUGCAACCCCAAGGAGACGGUGCACCCCUGAGCACCACCCAGCUGCAGGACCUGCUGUUCGGCCCCAACCCCCGCUGCUUCACGCGGAUGACCCCGGCCCUGCUCCUGCUGCCACUGCCCGGGCCCGCACCAAUGCCCGCGCACGGCCUCCUGGAGCGAGUGCCCUUCCCGCCACCCAGGCUCCCCCAGGAGCAGCAGGCCAAGGAGCCACCGCCCAGCGCAGACCCCUUCCUGGAGACGCUCACGCGCCUAGUGCGCGCCUUGCGGGGCCCCCCCGCCCAGGCCUCGCCAACGCGCCUGGCCCUGGACCCGGGCGCGCUGGCCGGCUUCCCGCAGGGCCUCGUCAACCUGUCGGACCCCGCGACACAGGAGCACCUGCUCGACGGCGAGGAGCCGCUGCUGCCGCUGGUGCUACCACGGGCCUCGGCCACGGCCGGGGACCCCGCGCCGCUGCAGGGCCCCGAGGCCGCGCCCUGGGCCGCGGGCCUAGCGCAUCGUGUGGCCGCCGAGCUGCGGGCCGCGGCCGCCGAGCUCCGCGGGCUCCCGGGGCUGCCGCCCGCCGCCACGCUGCUGCUGGAGCGCCUGCUCGCGCUCUGCCCCGGGGCCCCGGGGGACGCGGGGGACCCCGGCGGCCCGGGUGACCCACUGCGCGCGCUACUGCUGCUCAAGGCGCUGCAGGGUCUGCGCGCCGAGUGGCGGGGGCGCGAGCGCAGCGGGCCCCCACGGGCACAGCGCAGCGCGGGCGCCGGGGCGGCGGACGGGCCGUGCGCGCUGCGCGAGCUGAGCGUAGACCUGCGCGCCGAGCGCUCGGUGCUCAUCCCCGAGACGUACCAGGCCAACAACUGCCAGGGCGCGUGCGGCUGGCCGCAGUCCGACCGCAACCCGCGCUACGGCAGCCACGUGGUGCUACUGCUCAAGAUGCAGGCCCGCGGCGCCGCCCUGGCGCGCCCGCCCUGCUGCGUGCCCACGGCCUACGCCGGCAAGCUCCUCAUCAGCCUGUCGGAGGAGCGCAUCCGCGCGCACCACGUGCCCAACAUGGUGGCCACCGAGUGCGGCUGCCGGUGACCCCCGCGCCGGCCGCCAGUGGCGUUCCCGCCCAUAUUUAUUCAGACCCCAAUCCUCGCCCCA